AUGAAGCCGUAUUUCGGGCUGAGGGGCACGUCCCUCAAUAUCAUGAUCAGUAUCAUUGCUGGUCUUGAUUUCUUGCUUUUUGGCUAUGACCAAGGUGUCAUGGGUGGCCUGUUGACCUUGAACUCUUUCGUCACAACCUUCCCGCAGAUUGAUACCACCAAUGUCGGUGAGGUGGGCCUGUCGGCCGCCGAGAAGAAUACUCGCUCUACUGCGCAAGGUAUCACGGUUGCCUCGUACAACCUGGGUUGUUUCUUCGGUGCCAUUUUCUGUAUCUGGCUCGGAAACUAUCUGGGUCGCCGCAAAACCAUUUUCACUGGAUCUAUCAUUAUGAUCAUUGGCGCUACGCUGCAGUCCUGCGCAUACUCGCUCCCGCACUUUAUUGUCGGCCGUAUCGUGACCGGUAUUGGUAACGGGUUGAACACUUCCACCGUCCCUACCUGGCAGUCCGAGUGCAGCAAGUCGCACCACCGUGGCCGGCUGGUAAUGGUGGAAGGUGCUUUGAUUGCUGGUGGUAUCACCAUCAGUUACUGGAUUGAUCUUGGAUUCUCUUUCCUCGACCCAAGCUCGGUGGCAUGGCGUUUCCCCAUUGCUUUCCAGAACUUUUUUGCGCUCAUCAUCCUCACAUGCGUGAUGCCUCUCCCUGAGUCGCCCCGAUGGCUGAUUCUCAAGGGCCGCGAAGAGGAGGCCAUCGUGGUUCUCGGUGCUAUCUUGGAUUUGCCGGAAGACGACCCCUACGUUCACUCCGAGUUUGCUGCUAUCAAGGAUGCGGUCAUCGCCGAUCAGAGUGUCGGCUUCCGUGACCUAAUCACCAUGGAUGAGAACCGUCACUUCCACCGUGUGGUCCUCGCCUACGUCAACCAGAUGUUCCAGCAAAUCUCCGGUAUCAACCUGAUUACCUACUACGCGGCUACUAUCUACGAGAAGUCGAUCGGUAUGAGUGGUCUGAUGUCCCGUAUUCUGGCCGCCUGCAAUGGAACCGAGUACUUCCUGGCAUCAUUAAUCCCCAUCUUCAUCAUCGAGAAGGUUGGCCGUCGGACUCUGAUGCUGGUUGGUGCGGCUGGCAUGUCUCUCUCCAUGAUGGUCCUGGCCAUCGCUACCAGCUUUGUGGACAACAGCCAAGCUGGUAUUGCGGCGGCUGUGUUCCUCUUCGUCUUCAACACCUUCUUCGCCUGGGGCUGGCUGGGUAUGACCUGGCUGUACCCCGCUGAGAUUGUUCCCCUUCGCAUCCGUGCCCCUGCCAAUGCCCUUUCCACUUCCAGCAACUGGAUCUUCAACUUCCUCGUUGUCAUGAUCACCCCUGUGGCCUUCGAAACCAUCAAAUACAAGACCUACAUCAUCUUCGCGGUCAUUAACGCGUUCAUCUUCCCCGUUGUCUACUUCUUCUACCCCGAAACCUCCUACCGCUCUCUCGAGGAAAUGGACACCAUUUUCAACAAGACCACCAGCGUUUUCAACGUGGUCUCCGUCGCCCGACACGAGCCCCACCGCUACGGCAAACACGGCGAACUCCUCAUCAACUACGAAGACACCGAGCAGCACCUGCGCCGUGCCAGCCACGUCUCCGAGAAGCGCAGGACCGGCUUCACUGCCGGUUCCGAACUGGAGGGUGGCAAGGGCUCUCACAUCGAGCACCCCCACGGCAGCAUCUCCGACACCAGCAGCUAG